UUGACACAGAUUCUUUUCUUGUCAGGUUCAUGCCGAAGAAGAACUACCUCACGCUACUGCUGUGCCUUCCCGUUUAUCUACAAAGGACGUCGUUAUAACAGUUGUACAAGAAGAAACCACAAUCGACCAUGGUGCGCUACGACACCCAAUUAUGAUCGAGACAGACAGUGGGGCAAUUGCGGUGGUAAGAGAUUAGGGAAUAAUCGUGAGAUUUUGAAAUUUUUAUUCUUCUGCUAAACCAGUGUAUUAAACCUGAUGAUUUGUCUUAUUGCAGGUCGCCGUAAACCUGUUAAACCUGUCAAACCUAUUGUCCGUCCUCCUAGAGGUCAGUUGUAUAGUUUCAUUGCAAUAACGUUUUCACAGUAUUCUUUCGUGAUCUUUAAGGUGUUAAUUUCUUGUGUCUUCUCACCAUCCGAGAAUAUGCGUGGGACUCUCCCACGGUUGUACACUAUUACCUCGUUAGAAGAGGGAUGAGAUCUGUUCUUAAGCUCUCUCUUGGAAGUGUUUCGCUUGAGAAAGAACUCCAUUUUCAUGGGCUCCUCCAGCAGUGAAACUGGUUCGCUGACUUUGGUGAAUCUUCGUGAAUAAAUUUCAUGUCGCCUCUUUAAGUUCAUAAUUUGAGUAGAAACUGUCAGCAUGGAAAAAAUGGUUGUUUAGGAGUACCAGUUUCUUGGGAGAGGUGGUUACCUACGUCUUUUUGCUUUUAUUCUGUCUUUUAUAACUUAGGUGGAUAAUUUUAUAUGUUACAUUUUUGUUCGAUAGAUCUUUUAUAUUGUUGUUUCCUUUUGCAGCCCGAGUAAUUAAACUUACACCAGGAAUCACUGGUAAGAUUUUUUCCCAAGUAAUCUUUCUUUAUUAGAUUUUUAUCAGGUGUAACCCAAACCGCGCUUUAUACAAGCGGUGGGCCUCAGUGAUUCUCCAUAAGAGGGUUAAUUUUAUUAAAUAAAUAUUCCUCCACUAUAACGUUUCUGUCUCUUGACACUGUUCACAAAAAAAAUUAUUUUAUGUAAAAGGUUCGGCUAAAUUGAAGAUGGCUUAGAACGCAGUUUUGUUGAUGAUCGCCCAACCUUUGUUUAAAAAACUGGCCCAGUGUGUUCGAAUUUAGUAGUCUAGACAAGAGAACCUUAAAUAGAGCUUUAUUAGACAAUAUUAGCCAAUCGUGUUUCGAAAGAUGACCAAAAAUAAAUCGGUUUUUAGUACUCUUUUUUUAUUAUUAAAAGUAUGAGCACUUGGCAAAAGGUUAUUGUAUUAUCAAUUUUUUUAAUUCCGAGCCUCCUUAAUAUGUUGCGUUGUUUCAAUAUCAACUAAAUGGAAUUUUGAUUCUUCUAGUCUCAUUUUUUGUCUCGGCUCUUUGUGGUUAUAUUCGACCGUGCACAGCGAAAGAUAACAAUUUUACGAUUUUAAAUUUAGCAUACAGCAUCGGUUGCUACAAAGACACCCGCCGACGAGCCAUACGCCCCUUGGAAGGUCGAAGCCGCUUCCUAAAAGGAAAUUACCGCAAAAGACGAGACGCUAUUCGCAAAUGUUUCCAGGCAGCUUAUAGACGAGGCUACAAAGUGUUCGCCUUACAGCAUCAAGGAUGGUGCGCAUCUUCAAGGAUGGCUCACAUAACAUACCGUAAAUACGGAAAAUCUAACAGAUGCAGGAAUGGAAAGGGAGGACCCUGGGCUAACGAUGUUUACGUUGUGAGGGGUAAGUUAUUGAAAAUUUUACUUAUGUCAGUGAAGGUGGGAAAAAAAAUGUUUUUUCGAGCAAGUGAUUGCUUGUCAAGUAUGCGCAAGGAUGGGGUAAGCAAGUGUUAUACUGACGUUCUUUGCCAUAUCUUGUAUCGGCCGGUGGGACCGUCUUGUCGGGGGCAAUUCUUAGAACUGACCGAACUAGUUCUGUCGGGACUAAGUCUCUGCUUUGAGUGAGGCUGGAUAUUUUUCACACUCGUGCUCGGACCAGAAAAGGGCGGGUCAUGAAGUGUGCGCUUUGCCAAAUGCAGAAAUCACGAAAUAUGCAGGAGUUGAGAGUGCAUAACAUUGUAUUUGAUAGUGCGAAAUAACUACAAUUCUUCUAAAAUUAAACGCGCGGGAGAGCUGAAUAGGAGGUCUAUACUUUGCAAUGGUAAAUAAGCAUUAUUGUACUAUUAACACUGUUGUUUAAUUGCCUCGCUUUCUCUUAGGUUCCUGUCGCACAAGAACAACCCGCAAAAACUGCUGUGUAUUCCCGUUCGUGUACAAAGGUAGACGAUACUCGCGCUGCACCAGGGUGAAUGCUGCUCGCCCAUGGUGUGCAACUACUUCAAGUUAUGAUGCUGAUAAAAUGUGGGGCUAUUGUGAAGGACAUGGAGGUGAGUAAAAAUUUUCGAUGAGUUUAUGAUAGAACUGAUGUAGGAUUUCUUUGAGGGCGAAGAGGGGAUCUGAAUCAAAAUAGAUAAUGGUACUAAAAAGCGUCACCUUAGAGAAUGGAAGGGAAUUGCGGAAUGAAUUAUGUUAAACAGCCCCCAUUAUUAAAGAGGGUAAGUUUCUAAAGACGCUGUGGUACUGCAUCGGUGGGAGAGUAUAACAAAGUAAUUUGGAAUUAUCGAUUGAGUUGAUAAGGUAAAUUGGCCACCGUAAAGAGUUUCAAAGCUGAUUUUUCGAGCGUUAGCCCUUCGUCAACUUUGAAACUCUCCACGGUGGCCAAUUUACGACUCAAAUUACCUUGUUUGGCAUCAUUAUUACCCUGGGCCCAGUUGUAUAAAGGGUGGAUAACGCUAUUCAACAGAUAAAUUGCUAUCCGGCGGAUAAGUGAUAACUAAAUGUUUAGCGUUAUCCACCAGACAGAGUUUUAUCCAGUGGAUAGUGUUAUCCAACCUUCGAACAACCGGGGCCUGGAUUUAGUUCUUGAUUGCAUCCUCCAGGGUUUGUAUUGUUUCUUAUCAUAGUGAGGUUCACUUGCUUGUUUUCCGUAUCUAUCCUACAUCUGAAUUUGUUAUUAAUUUGGUUUUAUUUCUUUACAGUCUCUUUCAUCAAAAUAACACCUUCAAUUAAUAGUAAGUAUUUAAAUUCCAGUCAGGAAUUCAUAUUAUCCAGGAUUUCUAUAAGUUUGCAAACAAUUCAGUGGUAACUACUUACAGUUAAUGUGCAGGACAUAGGUCAUAUUAGAACGUAUACUACAGCCUAGAUAUCCAAGCUCAGCGUAAAAGCAUCGGUCCACGAAAUCCGAGUGUUUCGGGUUUGAUUUCUUGCGUGGGAAUUAGGUUUUUGUUUUCGUUGUUAACGCUCGUGACAAAUUAAUCUCUCUUCAUUUGACCGCCGAGCCGUCUCAAAAAUAUACCAUCCUCCUUCGUUAACGAGUUUUGAAUCAUGUUCCCUUGGAUUUUUCUUUCAGUCCGAAGAGUCGGCUGCUUCAGAGACACAUCGCGCCGAGCAAUUCCUCAAAUGGAUGGCCGAAGUGUGCUGUUAAGAGGCAACUACCAACGCCGUCCAUUAGCCAUUCGCAAAUGCGCGCUUGUUGCUGCAGCACGUGGAUACAAAUGGUUUGGAAUCCAACAUGGCGGCUGGUGUGCUACAGGACCGCAUGCUGGGAGGACGUAUGCCAAGUAUGGCCGAUCAAACAGAUGUAGAAAUGGCAAAGGUGGACCUUGGGCUAAUGAUGUCUAUAGAAUAGCAGGUGGGUGAUACACUUUGAAAGCAACCAACAAGUGCGUCAUACAUUGAAUAUCGAAGCGUCCCCUGUUUAAUUUCUCCACCAUAUCGUAAGACUCUUAUUUCGGGUACUAGGCCCUCUACCAAAGCAUAAAUUUUAAACAGCGUCCAGGUAUUUAAUUUUUCUUGUUUUCUGAUCAAGAUUAUGGUUUUUUUUUUCACCUCAGGAACUUGCAAGUAUCGCACUACAAAAGGAAACUGCUGUUCAUUUCCGUUCGUGUAUCGAGGGCGUCGAUACAAACGUCCUGCCAGGGCUCGAAAUGGCAGGAGAUGGUGCGCAAUCACUCCAGACUACAGAACAAACAAACUGUGGGGGUACUGCAGGGGAGGAAGAAAAUGUAAGGCGCUUACUUUCUACUGUUAUUUGAACACUUUAACUCUCAAGAUGCGAUUAUACUACUGAUCGUCUCUUAUGUGUCCUUUCCUCUACAGCUCCACCCAUCAGAAUCACUCCUGGAGUUUUUGGUAAGUUUGAAUCUAUUAACAAAUUGUUGUUAAUUUUUAAGUUAUUAAAUUUAUGUCUUCUACAUCUGGGGAUAGUUUUAGUGAUUAUGUGUUGGUCUGUUAAUUCUCGUGGAAUUUGUAAAGAAGACGAAAUUUUAAGAGUACAUCCAGACGUCUUUAAUCCUUUGACCACUAAGAGUGACUAGCAUCUAAUUUCUCCUUACAAUAUCACCCUGCAAUCACACAUUAAUGUCAUGAGAAUAAAGGAAAUGAUCACCAACCAAAGAAGCUCUUGAUUCUCAAACAAAUUCUCCUUUGAACUUACUAGGAAAAGUACGGAGAACAGUAUGGAGAAUACGCGUAAUGAGGUUAAAGUGUAAACGGUUAAGAUUUAUGCGAGUUUAAUAGUUGCUUUUCUUUAUAGUCAAGUCACUUGGAUGCUUCAAGGACACAGGUCGGCGAGCUAUCCCAGGAGUAGACGGUCGUUACCCAAUAGUGAGGGGAUAUUACCGUAGAAGAGCGGACGCCUUGAAGAAAUGUGCUGCAGUUGCUAUGAGGUUUGGUUACAGAGCUUUUGCUGUUCAACAUCAGGGAUGGUGCGCUACAGGUCCAAGAGCUCAUGUGACUUACGGAAAGUAUGGACGAUCCAAUCGGUGUAGGAAUGGCAAGGGAGGACCUUGGGCUAAUGACGUGUACCGGGUGUACGGUAAGUUGUUAGUGUAA